UUGUGGAGUCGCUAAGAUAACCCUUUCGACGCCGAAUCUACCAUCGCCUAUGAAUGGUACCAUAGGACAAUUAAGAUACCUCUCACGAAACUCCAGUCUUCAUUCAAGAGACUACUUUCAGCCAAACGCCUAAUACAGGUAAUUGGUAAUUGUGGCUUCUCGGCGAGUCUACAGACUACUUUUUACGCAUCUUCGAAUACCAUUCAUUCAGUCAUCCUGCAAAAUGCCUCCCAAGCAAGCUACGCUAGGGUAUGUCAAGGAUCCUCAGACUUCCAUAAACAAGUUCUUUGGAAACCCAAACGGUCCAAAGGCCCCGGGGAAGCAAUCAAAACUUGCCUUCUCAUCUAAAGCUGCUCCUCCAGCCAAGAAAGAGGAUGAUGACGCAAGUGCAGAAGAGCCAGAGACCAAACACUCAUUGAAGGAUGUAAAUGGAAGUGAUGUCGAGAUGCAGGACAGUGAUGCAGAAAACAAAGUGGAAGUGAAGAAGGAAGCCAAUACGAAGGAGAAUGUUAAGCCUGGCAAGGACAAGAAGAAGAGAUCAAGGGUCGAGGUGAAGAAGGAAGAAGUCAAGAAGGAAAAGAAAUCCAAAGUCAAGAAAGAGGAAGUCGAGGAAGAGGAUGACGAUGAUGAGCCUAUCGUAAAGCGCCCACGCCGGAACGCAAAUCUAGUGGUUGAUGAGGACGAGGAUGCACCAUCAAGAUCCGCCGAUCCCGAAACGGAAGCGGUGGCCAGUUCUUCCUCCAAAUCAGCUCUUGCACGAAGAGGAUCGACACAGUCAGCUGCCGCUUCAGAAGUUGACGAUGCCUUGGAAGAAGAGGAAGAGGAAGAUGACGAGGAUGAGAAGCCUGAAGUUGCGGCAAAGGCUCGAGAGAAGAUUCAGACCACCCUCAAGUCAAAGGCCAAGGACCCAUACCCUGAUUGGAAGGCUGGAGACCCGGUCCCUUACGCAGCUUUAUGCACCACUUUCUCACUUGUGGAGAUGGAAUCGAAGAGACUCAUCAUCCAGGCACACUGUUCUCUCUUCCUACGACAGGUCCUGCGCUUGACACCGAAUGAUCUCCUACCUACUGUCCUCCUUAUGAUCAACAAACUUGCUGCUGAUUAUGCUGGUAUCGAGCUGGGAAUUGGCGAGUCACUAAUUAUGAAAGCCAUCGGCGAGUCCACUGGUCGAAGCCUGGCUGUUAUCAAGCAAGAUCAAAAGGAAAUUGGUGAUCUUGGUUUAGUAGCGGUCAAGUCCCGCGCUAAUCAACCUACAAUGUUCAAGCCGAAACCUUUGACUGUUAGAGGUGUCCAUAAGGGAUUGAUGGAUGUAGCGACUACUUCUGGUGGAGGAGCUCAGGGUAGAAAAGUUGAUCUUAUCAAGAAAUUACUUUCAGCAGCCGACGGUCACAGCUCGGGAAAGGUUGACAUCACGAAAGACAAGGGUGGUCCAAGUGAGGCGAAGUUCCUGAUUCGUUUUCUUGAAGGAAAGCUACGACUUGGACUUGCCGAGAGGACUGUCAUAGUCUCCUUGGCCCAUGCGAUGGUAUGUCACGAGGUAGACGCUAAGAAUUCUGGCAAGGUACCGAACACCGAACAGCUUGCGAAGGGCGAGUCAAUUCUCAAAGAUGUCUACAGCGAACUUCCGAGCUAUGAAACCAUCAUUCCCAUUAUGCUUGAACAUGGUAUCUUCAACCUCAAGGACCAUUGCAAGCUACGGCCAGGUGUCCCUUUGAAACCUAUGUUAGCUAAGCCAACAAAAGCUAUCACUGAAGUGCUUGAUCGUUUCGAGAACCAGAAGUUCACUUGUGAAUACAAGUAUGAUGGAGAGAGAGCCCAAAUCCACUUCGUCGCCCAUGAUUCAGCGGAACAGUACGCUGGUCCAACUUCUACUGCCUCGAAGACAAAGUCAGGCGGACUUGCCGCCAUCUUCUCUCGUAAUUCCGAGGAUCUUUCCAAAAAGUAUCCCGAUAUCCUCGCUAAGUUGCCAACCUGGGUUAAGUCCGAUACCAAGAGCUUCGUUCUCGAUUGUGAAACUGUUGGUUGGGACAUGGUCGAGAAGAAGGUUCUGCCAUUUCAACAACUCAUGACCCGCAAGAAGAAGGAUGUCAAGGUUGAAGAUGUCAAAGUCAAGGUCUGCGUUUUCGCCUUCGAUCUACUUUUCCUAAAUGGCGAAGCUGUGGUCUCGAAGUCCUUGCGUGAGCGCCGUGCUCUCCUCCAUGAAGCGUUCACUCCAGUCGAAGGAGAGUUUGCUUUCGCCACUAGCAUGAACGGCCAAGAGAUUGACGAGAUCCAGCAAUUCCUUGAUGAAUCCAUGAAGGCCUCAUGUGAAGGCCUCAUGGUGAAGAUGCUUGAUGGCAGCGAGUCUGGUUACGAACCCAGCAAGCGCAGUCGCAAUUGGUUGAAGAUCAAGAAGGAUUACCUUUCCGGCAUUGGUGAUUCUCUCGAUCUCGUUGUCUUAGGUGCUUACUUUGGCAAAGGCAAGCGUACGUCGGUCUACGGUGCUUUCCUGCUUGCUUGCUAUAACAGCUCUUCUGAAUCUUACGAGACGGUAUGCAACAUUGGCACCGGCUUCUCUGAGGCUGUUCUCGAGGAAUUACACACUUCCCUGUCGGCAAUUACCAUUGAUCGAGCCAAGCCGUUCUACUCACAUUCUUCUGGCAAUGCCCAUCAACCAGAUGUCUGGUUCGAGCCAAAGUAUGUCUGGGAAGUCAAGACUGCUGAUUUGACGUUAUCUCCUCGAUAUAAGGCCGGCGCAAAGGAGGGAUUGGAGGGAUCUGGAGAGAAGGGUAUCUCGCUUCGAUUCCCGAGAUUCAUUCGAGUCAGAGAUGACAAGAAGCCUGAUAUGGCCACUAGCAGCAGACAGGUUGUUGAGAUGUAUAGAAAGCAGGAGAGCGUUACGAAGUCUAAAGGUCCAGCUGUGGAUGAUGAUUUCGAGUACUAAAAUCUCUCUUCUGUAGUCGGACACUCAGCUAUGGCGUUUUUGAGGCGGGAAUUGGUGGUUGCAUUAGGGAGGGGUAUGGUUGUACAUAGAUGAUUCUCCUUGU